UAGAGGCUGCUACUGCUACUGCUGCUUGAAUAGAGCCUUGAGCCUGAAGAGACACAGAGCAUGUCCUACGAUCGAGCACUCUCCGUGUUCAGCCCAGACGGGCGCCUGCUCCAGGUCGAGUACGGCAACGAAGCAGUCAAGCGCGGCACAACGGCAGUCGGCAUCCGCGCCAAGGACGUCUGCAUCCUCGCUGUGGAGAAGAAGUCGCUGCUCAAGCUGCAGGACAACCGUUCAACGCAAAAGAUCUGUCAGGUGGAUGCACACGUCACCCUCGCCUUUGCUGGACUCAAUGCAGACGCGCGUAUCCUCAUUGACAAGGCGCGUGUUGAAGCGCAGUCGCAUCGGCUGACACUCGAGGAUCCCGUCACAGUGGACUACAUCACGCGCUACAUUGCAGGUGUUCAGCAAAAGUACACACAAUCCGGCGGUGUCCGUCCAUUUGGGAUUGCCACCCUCAUUGCUGGCUUUGACCCGCACGAUGAUGUGCCCAGGCUGUUCAUGACGGAGCCAGCAGGCAUCUACUCUGCCUGGAAGGCAAAUGCCAUUGGUAAAUCGAGCAAGACGGUGCGUGAGUUUCUGGAGCGCAACUACAGCGCCGACAUGAGCCGCGACGAGGCCAUCAAGCUCUCCGUCAAGGCACUGCUCGAGGUUGUGCAGACGGGUGCAAAGAACAUUGAAGUCGCCGUCCUGGCCAAGGGAAAGCCCGUUGAGUUUUUGAGUGAAGCCAGUGUGGAUGCCACCGUGCAAGGGAUCGCAACGGAGAAGGAGACAGAGGCUCAGAAGAAGCGCGACAGGCAGGCAGGACGUGCUGCUGCAGCUGCUGGAGCGGAUGACGGUGCUGCUGCUCCUUCCCAGGCGGCAGAGACGACGGUCGGCUCGAUGGAUGUCGACGAAGGUGCUGGUGCAAGUGCAUAGACCUCGUCCUCCUUCUUUUCCUGUACAGAGGCCCCUCCAUAGCAGCAUAGGCCCCCUCCCAGCUGCCUCAGUAGACCUCAUGUCGCCGUCAAUUUGCUUUUCAGGAACGAAAUCCCGAGACGACACUUGCGAAACGGUCACUGGAGCAGGCGCCUGGGCACGGGCAGCGCGGUAGAAGGCGAGAGGACGUCGGGCAGGUGGACGUAGAGACGAGCCAGGUCACGCGAAGCUGCUGCUGCUUUGUCUCAUUGUUAUCUUCACGGCGACACAUCGCUGCUGUUGGCCUAUACAACGCAGCAUAUCCACGUCGUCCAUUCGCUGCUGCAUCUUGUUCCAGCGCAUCUAGCACUUCUAGCAGCCUCCGUUCACUGCUUCACUACUGCUCAGAGCAUCCAUCCACUACCACCACUCCAUCCACACUCCAAGAGCAAAAUUUUCCGGCAUCCAUCGCAGCACACAGGUCGAGCGUGUCCCC